CUGACUGGUGUGGUGGAUACCCUGCUUGACCCCCACAUAGUCCUGAUUGUGGAGAGCUCUGACCAGGGGGGAAGACUUUUAACGUGACACGCCGGACCAUGGACAGGAAGAGGAAAUGGGUGCUGAGCAGCGGUGCUUUGCUGGUGAUAUUCCUUGGUCGCAUGACCACAGCCUUAGAAGUGCCUCUUGACCCUGAAGUUCUGGAAGGAUUACCACAACCUCCCACUAUAACCCAUCAAUCCCCUAAGGAUUUCAUCAUCGACCCUCGGGAGAACAUCCUCAUCUACUGUGAGGCCAAAGGGAAGCCGCAUCCCAGCUUUUCCUGGACACGGAAUGGGACACAUUUUGACGUGGAGAAGGACUCGAAGGUGUUGAUGAAGCCGAGCUCAGGGACGCUGGUCAUAGACAUCAGUGGGGAGAAGGCUGAGGCCUACGAGGGGAUCUACCAGUGUACCGCACGCAAUGAGCACGGGACCGCUGUUUCCAACAACAUCUUCAUCAGACAGUCGAGGUCCCCCUUGUGGUCAAAGGAGAGGAAAGAGGCAAUAAUGGUACAGGUGGGAGUGUCUCUGGUGCUGCAGUGUCGACCGCCUGCAGGCCUGCCCCCUCCCAUCAUCUUCUGGAUGGACAACAACUUCCAGCGCCUGCCUCAGAACACGCGUGUGUCCCAGGCGUUAAACGGAGACCUGUACUUCUCUAACGUCCUAUUGGACGACACCAGGAACGACUACAUCUGUUACGCCCGUUUCCCUCACACACAGACCAUCCAGCAGAAACAACCCAUCACUGUCAAAGUCCUGGACAACAGUCCAUCGGGGGAGCGGCGACCCAGCUUCAUGGCUCCUCUGGGGCGGAGCAGCACCCAGAUGGCCCUGAGGGGAGGGGUUCUGGAGCUAGAGUGUAUCGCUGAAGGACUUCCGACUCCGGAGGUGUCCUGGUAUAAGGAGAGUGGCGAUCUUCCUAGCAGCCGGAUGUCCUUCCACAACUUCCAGAAGACGUUGAAGAUCGCAGAUGUGAUGGAGGCGGACGCCGGGGACUACCGCUGCACGGCCAAGAACAGCCUAGGCUCCGCCCAUCACACCAUCAAAGUCAACGUCAAAGCGGCUCCGUUCUGGAUCAGUGCCCCCAGGAACCUCAUCCUGGCCCCGAAGGAGACGGGCAUCCUCACCUGCAGAGUCAGUGGAGACCCCAAGCCCCAAAUCGCCUGGUCCGUCAACGGAGUCCCCAUCAAAGACUCUCCAAAGGACACGAGUCGGAAGGUGGAGGACGACACAGUGAUUCUGAGCGACGUCCAGACCGGCUCCAGCGCUGUCUACCAGUGCAACGCCUCCAAUGAGUUUGGCUACCUGCUGGCUAAUGCUUUUGUCAAUGUGCUCGCCGAAGCACCAAGGGUGCUGACUCCCCCCAACAAUGUGUACCAGGUCAUCACCAACAAUCCUGCUUUCCUGGACUGUGCUUCGUUUGGCUCGCCCAUACCAACCAUCACAUGGUUUAAGGACAGCCAGACCAGUAUCCUGAAUAGAGACCCAUAUGUGAUCCAUAAUAACGGUACCUUAGAGAUCAACGUAGCCCAGUCCCUGAACAGUGGCAAGUACACCUGUAUAGCCUCCAACAACCUGGGAACCAGGGAGAACCAUGUCUACUUGGAGGUCAAAGAGCCGACGAGGAUCCUGGCCCAGCCAGAGUACAUGGUGGUCCAGAGGAACAGGAAGGCAGUGUUUGAGUGUAAAGUUAAACACGACCCCACCCUCAUCCCCACCAUGAACUGGCUCAAAGACAACGGAGAGCUGCCUGACGACGAGAGGUACUCUAGAGUAGACCAUCUCCUCUAUACACACCUUCUCUCUAUAGAUAUGGGUCUGCUAUAG